AACACACACACACACACACACACACACACACACACGUCUGUUCCGAUCUCCAGCAGGAGACAUAAAGACAGCUCUCAAACCAUGUACAAGUUUCUGUCUCUGACGCUGAUUUCACUGCUGGCUGUUUUCGGGCAGUAUGUGAUCGCAGGAGGACGCUUCGAGCGAACCAUCAGCAGACCUUUUGGGUCAGUGCUGAAGGUCCAUAAUGGGAUGCGAUGGGGCUCGUGGAGUCAGAAAGAAAUGUGUCCAACUGGAAUGUACGCCACAGGUUUUAGUCUUAAGGUGGCAGGUAUGUGGGAAUCUCUGCUGGUUGGUGAUAACACAGCGCUCAAUGGGAUUCGUCUUCACUGCAUCAACCCGUCCAAAAGCUCAUCGGGCCCGUACGAGGACUACGCCACAAUUCAGUCCGACGUAGGAAGCUGGGGUAAAUGGUCAGAUAUCAAAUGGUGCUCAAGUGGAUUUCUGACAUCUUUUCAGCUGAGAGUGGAACCCUACCAAGGGACUUGGGACGACACGGCCGCAAACAAUAUCAGGUUUAACUGCAGUGGAAAUGCAGAAAUGCUGCAGGGAUCUGGGAUGUCAUGGGGCGAAUGGGGAGACUGGAGUGAGAAGUGUGGAGGAAAGGGAAUCUGUGGCAUCGAGACGAUGGUUGAGCAGCCGCAGGGAGUCGGAGACGACACGGCCCUCAAUGAUGUGCGCAUGUACUGCUGUGAUUAAACUGAUUGGUUGUUUCAGAAA